AAGGGUAAUGAUGACUGUCUCAGCAUCUUGAUUGUCUCCAAUCGGACAAGAAAACCAUUCCUGGUGGUAAAUCUUCACCAACUUCCACUCUUCUAUUCAAAACCACCGCUCUCUACCUCCCGCUCUCUCUCUCUCUCUCUCUCUUCUUCACUUCCGAAUGCUCGCCUCACUCUCCGAUCUCGAAUUCCAUCAUCUCCGGUCACCUCCAUCGGAGCUGUCUCCCGCCGCCGUCCGACGAUUCCAGGUGUACUCCUCUCUUUGAAUUUCAUCAAAUUGUUGCUCUACCUUAAUAUUUAUGGUUCGUUGACUCUGCGGUGAUUAAUGGAGAGAGCAGAGACUACGACUAUCGAGUCCGAUCCGUUCGAUCGGAAAUCGGACGGCGAUGCGUCAACGGCGUCGCCUCCGUCGCGGUACUCGUCGUUCGGCGAGUCCGAGUACGAGCGCUAUUGCAGCGCCAACUCGGCCAUGGGCACGCCGAGCAUGUGUAGCACAGUCACGGUUUUCAAUGAUUUUCCGGAGGCUGAUUUCGCGUCGGUCAGGAGUUUAGGGUUUGGGGAGGAAGGCGAGGGUUUCAGUUUGGGAGGGAGGAUUGAUAGGAAUAGUAAUCGAGAGGAUCGGAGACUUUCGAGUAGUGGUAGGAUUGAGGAAGAUGGUAUUAGAGGGCGUCCGGGUACUAAGUAUGGGUCUAGUGGGUUGGAGUUGUAUGGGAAUGAGGAUGAUGAUAUUGGAGUUGGUGGUGAUGCAAAUGAGUUGAUGUCUUGGAAGCUUGACAAGAGUGGACCGCCGGGUUUAAUGGAGGGUUCGGAGUUGAAGUGUGGUUCAGAUGAUAGUGAUGAGGAAGGUGGGGGAGUGGAGAGAGGGAAAGAUAGUGUGUUGGAUCGAGACGAUUCAAAAGAGGUUGGAACUGGUUCUCAGCUUGGACAGGAAGUUGAAGAGAGAUGUUUUGAUGGAGGAGAGAUGGAGAGGGAAGAAGGAGCGUCGUCUAGAAAUGAGUAUUCCGAGGAUGAGGGGUCCAUGUACAACUACGGUACAGAUGAUGAGCCUAAGAGUGACUUUAAUCAUCAGAGGAGUGUAGAGUACUAUGAGCAAUCAAAACCAAAGAAUGAAAAUGAGAAUCCAUUUCUUAUGAAUUCAUCUGUAGCUUUUGGUUCUGAUGAUUGGGAUGAUUUUGUGCAAGAGAGUGAACGGAGUAAUAUAGCUUCUUUCACUAGGAGUGCAUUCCAGGAGCAGAUAGAACUGAAUGUGGAAACUGAAAAGAGGGUUUUGAAUUCUGGUUCUGUCACUUCACAUCAGGGUACAUGUCAAACUGAGCAAGGGAAGGAUGUGACUGACAUGCCCAGAGGUAGCCAACACGUUGAAGCUGAUAACAAUCUGGCAGAAAAUGUUAAACGUUCCAGAGAACCAGCUAAGUCUCCAAAUUUUGUUGAACCAGAGGGAGUAGAAGAUGUGAAGGACAUUCCUGUGGCCAAUUAUCAGGUCCAAGCUAUUGAGGACUUGAUUGAAUUUACCAAAAGUUCUUUUACCACCCCAACUGGUUUUCAAAAUGUUCAAGAACCAGAGCAGGAUGAUUCAAAAGACAUUGUAUUGACCAAGAAUAAAGAUCCAGCUCCUGACGAAUCAGCAAAUUAUCCUCAAGCUUCGUUGUUUGGCAAUUUCUCCAAAAUACAGCUCGAUUCAGAAGCAAAAAAAGGUCCUGAGGAAAAGGGUUUCAACAUUGUGGUUGACGACAUAUCUGAUGUGCAUACGUGUAAUAAUACUGAGGUCACUGGGAUUGAUGAUGGUCAAGAUUUAGGAAAUAAAAAUUUGGGGAAGAUAAAAGUUAAACUGGACCCCCUUUCUGAGAUAUCAACUGAUCAACUGAGUAUCCAUUCAACUGGACCUCCUGGAAGUAUGAAGGCAGAAUUCUUUGAAGACCUUGAGCCAAAUACGCGAACCUUAACUUUUGAAAAUAAUAUGACAAAAAAUGCUCCUGUUUCAGAAGAUAUUUUUGAAGAAUAUCCUAUGCCACUUGAGACAGAUAAUUUUGAGCUAAAUGAAUUCUAUGAUGAGUUUGUUAAUGACAUGGAAGAAAUAUUGCUAGACUCUGCGGAGUCCCCAGGAGCAAGGUUCAGUCAUGGUAACAGGAACUUACAAUCACAACUAUCUCUACCAUUAAGAGAUGGUGGAUUGACUGCUUCUACUUCUGGUACAGAUGAUGCUUACCUGUUUAAUCAGCAUUCCCUCAGAAUUGACGGGGUCGAAGUGGUGGGUGCAAGGCAGAAGAAGGGAGAUAUCACCUUUAGUGAAAGACUGGUAGGAGUGAAGGAAUACACUGUUUAUAAAAUGAGAGUGUGGAGUGGCAAGGAUCAAUGGGAGGUUGAACGUCGGUAUCGUGAUUUCUUUACACUCUACCGUCGGUUGAAAACAUUGUUUGCUGACCAUGGAUGGAAUCUACCUUCUCCCUGGUCUGCUGUAGAAAAGGAAUCCAGAAAGAUUUUUGGAAAUGCAUCUCCUGAUGUUAUUGCACAGAGAAGCGUUCUCAUUCAAGAGUGUCUACAGUCCAUUCUCCAUUAUAGAUUCUUUUCAAGUCCUCCAAGUGCAUUGAUUUGGUUUUUGUCUCCUCAAGAUUCAUUUCCUACCUCCAUGUCAUCAAAUACACCUGACCCUAUUAAUAGAAGGGCAGACACAGAAAAUGUGUCCACUUUAGGAAAGACGAUAUCACUUAUUGUUGAAGUUCGACCAUACAAAUCUUUGAAGCAGAUUCUAGAAGCACAACAUUAUAUGUGUGCUGGAUGCCACAAACAUUUUGACGAUGGAAAGACCCUGAUAGGGGAUUUUGCACAGACAUUUGGAUGGGGCAAGCCUCGAUUGUGUGAAUAUACAGGUCAAUUAUUUUGCUCUUCGUGCCAUACGAACGAGACUGUGGUCAUACCAGCAAGAGUAUUGCAUCACUGGGAUUUUACUCAAUAUUCAGUGUCACAGUUAGCUAAAUCUUAUCUCGAUUCUAUACAUGACCAGCCAAUGCUAUGUGUCAGUGCAGUUAAUCCAUUCCUUUUCUCAAAGGUCCCAGCCUUGCUUCAUGUUAUGGGUGUUAGGAAGAAAAUAGGCACCAUGCUUCCAUAUGUUCGUUGCCCUUUCCGCAGGUCAAUCAACAAAGGUCUUGGGUCUAGAAAAUAUCUUCUUGAAGGCAAUGAUUUUUUUGCACUGAGAGACCUCAUUGAUCUUUCAAAAGGAGCCUUUGCAGUGCUGCCUGUGAUGGUGGAAACCGUGUUGAGUAAAAUUCGUGGGCAUAUCACAGAGCAGUGUCUCAUAUGCUGUGAUGUGGGAGUUCCCUGUGGUGCACGACAAGCAUGCAAUGACCCUUCAUCUCUCAUUUUCCCUUUCCAGGAAGAUGAGAUUGAAAGGUGCCCAUCUUGUGAAUCAGUAUUUCAUAAGCUUUGCUUCAGAAAGCUCACAAACUGCGCUUGUGGAGAACAACUGAGACCCGAUGAGCCUGCAGAGCUCGUUAGGAGGGCCAACUCUGUGCUUGGCGUCGAGGUUAGUGGAGUAUUGGACUUGUUUGGGAAAGGGUCGGGUUCUGGAUUACUCUCAGGAUUAUUUUCAAAGGUGAAGACAGAUAAUCCAAGGGAACAUAAGGAUGGCGACAAUGUCAUUUUGAUGGGUUCCUUCCCACCCACUUCAUUAUAAAACACCUAUCUGACUGUGUGUCAUACAUAUUUUGGCUUGAUAGGAAGUAUGGAAAUUUCCUUCGUUGUGACUCGUACUAUUGAAUAAUCAGAACCGGCCAGGCCAACAUUGUUGUAACUAAAUUUUUUGGGCGUGAAAAGAUUCUUUUUGGCUGGUCUUUCCUUGUAAUGAAAGUCGACAGAAGUUUCGUGUCUC